AUGAAAAUGGAAGGGGAAUCUACAACAGUAAAGGAAAAUUUAAAUGAGUGGAGAUUUAGUCUGCAUCCGAAAUAUAUAUUGCUACCUAUUGAUGAGAACCAUGAUCAAGUUAAAAAUAAUGUUAAAAACGUCAUAUACUCCGAGGUUAAUGCAGUUACUCCGCAUCCGUUAGAAAAAAAUUUACGUCUCGUAUGUUCUUCUGGAGAUGCACUUACAAAUAUUCUUGAUAUGUCUCCCGAGAUAGUAAAUACGGGUGACUUUCUUGAAUUUGUUGGAGGAAGAAGAUUGCCCUGUGGAUCUUUGCCUGUUGCACAUCGGUAUGGCGGUCAUCAAUAUGGACUGUGGGUGGGUCAACUUGGUGACGGUAGAGCUCAUUUAAUUGGUGAAUACGUGAAUAGAUUAUGCGAACGUUGGCAAGUACAGCUGAAGGGCUCGGGUCUAACGCCUUAUUCAAGAUCGUAUGAUGGUCGUUGUGUGCUGCGCGCCGCCAUCAGAGAAAUGGUUGCCAGCGAGGCAAUGUUCCAUUUGGGCGUGCCAACUACACGCACUGCUGCAGUAGUAGCCAGUGACGAUACAGUAGUACGUGAUUUGUACUAUUCGGGAAAUCCCCACCGUGAAAAAACGGCGAUUUUAUUAAGAUUAUCACAGUGUUGGUUUCGCUUUGGUUCCUUGGAAAUCUUGGCAAAAGGUGGAGAACUAGCUAUUUUGAAGCAAGUGACUGACUUUAUAAUUAAGGAACACUUUCCUGAUAUUCAUCUCUCAGACGAAAAUAGAUUUAUUCGUUUAUUCUCCGAGAUUGCACACAGAUCUCUGGACUUAGUAGCUAAAUGGCAAGGUUUAGGUUUUACCCACGGUCUUUUAAAUACGGACAAUAUGAGUAUUUUGGGGGUUACCAUGGACUAUGGUCCUUUUGGUUUCGUCGAUUCUUAUGAUGGUGGCUUCGUCUCAAAUUCAUCAGACGGUGAAGGACGUUACUCACUGUCAAAACAACCAGAUAUCGUGGCGUGGAAUAUAGGCCAGCUAGCGAAUGCUUUGAAACCGCUAUUGUCUUCGUCACAGCAAGUGCACAUGACACAUAUAUUGAAGACAUUGGACACUUAUUGCAAGAAUAAAAUAUUGGAGACAUUCUUAAUGAAAAUUGGUCUAAAGAAGGAGCGCUGGGGUGACGAAGAAUUGGUAGAAAAAUUACUAGAUAUGAUGCAGCAUACUGGAGCGGACUUCACCACUACCUUCAGACAGCUAUCUGAACUAGAACCUCACGAAAUGGUUACUGGAUCUAAGUUGGAAGAAAAAUGGUCGCUAAAACGACUAUCUUCUCAUUCGUCGUGGGGAUGCUGGUUGGAUCAAUAUCGAGAAAGAUUGGACAAAGAGUCUGUUGAUAGCAGCAGUUCUUGCGUGUUUUCUGUGGAACGUGUUCGUCGUAUGCGCUUGGUCAACCCCGCGUAUGUUCCGCGUACUUGGCUUAUACAUGAAGCUAUACAAGACGCGGAAAGAGACGAUUUCACUAAGUUACGGUUUCUCCUACAAGUCAUUCAAAAUCCGUACGAAGUGCAGCCAGAGGCGGAGGCAAGAGGUUUUUCGAACCAGCCUCCACAAUGGGCUUACGCUCUGAAAAUAAGUUGUUCUAGUUGA